AUGAAUAAAAUCAAUGCAGCAUGUAUUAUCAUCGGAGAUGAGGUUCUGAAUGGUAAAAUCAACGACACAAAUUCCAGAUAUUUUGCCCAAUUCUGUUUUAGACUUGGUAUUAAAUUACGAGAAAUCAUCACCAUUGGAGAUGAUGAAGAGCAAAUUAUGACAACAUUAAGGAACUUAAAGGAGAAAUAUCAAUUUAUUAUUACCACUGGUGGGAUUGGUAGUACACACGAUGAUAUCACUUAUAAAUGUGUAGCCAAAUCGUUUAACUUACCUUGUAUGAUAAAUGAACAAUGUAAAUUGAGGAUGCAAGAAAAAUCAAAUCCUGAAGGAAGAUUAAGUCCGCAAGCAUUAAGUGAUUAUUAUAAAAUGGCUACUUUACCUUCUGGUCCAACAGUGAAGAAUUAUUAUUUAUAUGACGAUUUGUGGGUUCCAGUCUGUAGUCUCAAUCAACAGGUCUUUAUUUUUCCCGGUAUCCCACAAUUAUUCGAAAGAUUAUUGAGUGGUUUAACACCUAUAGUUAAAUCCUUAUAUCAUUUAGGGGAAAAGGAUAUAGAAUAUGUCAGAUAUUUUAUUAAAACUAGUAUGACCGAAUCGCAAAUUUCACAUAAUUUAAAAUUGUUGCAGGAGGAUGCGUUGGACGUAUCAUCUGAGAUUAAGAUUGGAUCAUAUCCUCAUUACGGUAAAGGUUUUAAUACAAUUAGUAUAUUAGGUGAAAAGAAGGACGAUAAAUAUCUACUUGAGUUAAUGAAACGUGCUGAGGUGGAAUUUGAAGGUCAACAACUCUCCACCGAGGAAGAAGAUGAAGUAUCAAAUACAAGGUAA